CAUUGAUACCCGUCGCGUGUCCUUAUAAGCAGAUGGCAGGUGUCGAUCUCACGAGCCUUUCUGUUCGGAAAGUAACCGACUGUUGGGUGAUCGGACUCGAGCACUUCGCUGUCGGAGAAGAGGAGUUUUUCCAGAUCAGGACUGAAUGGUCUGAUAAAAGCAUAACGUACUUGCGAAGGCGUUUUCUCGAUCUGGUAAAACUUGCGAAUAGUUUGGAGAAGUUAUUUUCAGAGGACAGUGGGAGUUUGACUCAAUCCCUGACGCUUAAGGCAUUGCAGAAGAUAACAGAAGCAGAGCAGCAUUGUGACAUUGAAAACAAGCUGGAUGAAGUGGAAACAUUAUUAAAAAAUAUCAUCAAAAUGCCACCAAAGUACUCUCAGUGUAAAGCAAUUCUUACAUUUUUCAAGACUACCCCUCUGGACUACACUUUAAAAAACAUGUUUGAUCCAAUCCAGCCCUUCUACCAGAGUCCUGUAACUGUAGCUGAUGUCAGGAGGGCCAAUGGGUUUUGUUUGGCAAAUACAGAGACUGUGCUUUUUGAUCCAUAUAUGAAGAAAGGAGUCGAACCAUCUAAAUCUUGCAUCUCUGAGACAGCGGCCCAGAUAUGGACAGGAACAACAUGUCAAAAUGGGAUCAGACCUGACAAAGAAUUUGUGCACACACCUCACUUCAUUAGCACAGUUCUGACUACUGGUGCCACUGAAAAUAAAGAAGCUGACUAUCACCCUAAAAAAACAGAGUUUACCCUCAACAACAUCGACAACUUCCACUUACAUGCCUGUGAGACUGACAUCCUUGAAUGACUUGAACUGAUAAUAUGACAUUAAGGACCCUGAUAUAUCUGAAAGCCCUGUAAAAAAAUACUUUAAGUUUAUGCCUAACUUUCCUGCCCUGAAUUAGACUGACUUUAAGAAUAAGCUCAUUCAAUAUUAAAAAAUAAAGGAUUUAUAACGAUUUAAUAAUAUGUAUGAUUUAUUAAAAAAAUAUUAUUUUUUUAAAGAUCAGAAUUACAUAUUAAAUAUGUAAAGAAAACAAUCGGAGGCUGUUUUAUAUUAAUUCACUUAAAAAAGUAAGUAAACUGGGUGCCUUAAAAUAAGUUUAUUCAACUUAAAAAUAUCAGUUGUCCGAACAUGCAUUACACAACUUUAAGGCAAUCAUGUAACUUACUUUUUUAAGUUGAACCAACAAAUCAUUUUUAUAUUGCAAUUUUUUUUGUUUUAUUAUAAAUAUUUGUAGGUUUUAAACAAGUUUUGUUUUUUUCAUUUUCAUAUGUUCUAAUUUAGUUACUGAUAACAUUAUAAGUCACGUGGAAAAUUCCCUAUGCACUGUAAAAAUUUCAAUCAAAUCAACAUUUAUUUUUUGUUAGUUAAACAAUUGAAACUUAUUUUUAUAAGUUAAGUCAACUUAUCACAAGUCAACACUUAAAAUACUAGCUUGAGUUGACUUGCAAAACAAAGUUGUUUUAACUUCAUGCAUUUUUUACAGGUUGUUAAAGUUUACAAUGUUUUUAGUUCACUCAAUACAAAUUUAGCUUUAAGUCAAUACUACAAUAAACAUUUGAAUUUCAAUAAUGACAGAUACAUAUAUCUAUGUCUAUAGCCCAAAUCUCUGUUACAGCAGUCUGUCUGCCUGCCUGCCUCUCCAUGUUUCCCUGUUCAUCAUCCAUUGGGGCCCUGUCCCAAAUGGCACACUCCGGACUUGUGGACUUCCUCAGAGUCCACACUUUGAUGGCAUCAUGUAGUGCAGACUUUAGGGACCCUUGAAGUAGAGGUCUUCACGGGUCCACUUAGAUCCGAAAACCCGAGGUCCGACCCGAGACCCGAUCGGGUUCAGGUCUAAAAGUUUCACAUGUGCUUCGGACACGGGUCGGGUACAAUAAUAGCGGCAUCGGGUCUCGGGUAAUUUAAAAAUGAAUGUGUUUUUUCUGAACAACCCGAGAAGACCCGAACUCUAUCGCCAGUGUGCGUCAAUGUCCUUUUCAAACCUCUCAUCUGUUUGACAAGAGCGCUUGCGACAUUGUGUGGUUGUCGGAAGGUUCAUUUUCGUUGAGACAAACAUGUCAGUCAAUUAUAAAUGUACAUUUUAGCGGUUACAUUGGUGUCGUCGUCAGAUAACAAAGUAAAACGAAUGGAGCAGCUCGCCAAAUUGGUUGCAAGGCCACCGGAGUUUCUUUCUGUCUGACUGCUGCGUGUGGGUCUGCAGAAUGCACACUCAGUGCCGUUUACAUUUGGUUCCAGUCGGGUUAAAAAAUUUUUUUCACUAGUUCGGGUCGGACUCGGGUCUAAUUUUCUCGGGUUUGUCUCGGGUCGGGUCUUUCUUUAAAAAUUUUUUAUUUAUGCACGUCGGGUUCGGGUAUGAAGUGAUUCGGGUCAUUUCGGGUCGGGUACAUUUCUUUGGACCCAAGACGACCUCUACCUUGAAGCAAGCCCACAAGGGUGCAUGGAAGUCAUACAUACAUGUGGGACAGACUCAGCGUCACGCCCGAAAUAGGAAGAGAUCGAUCUGAUUGGUCUGGUUGCUCUUUUGCAAAAACUUCUGGGUUGAUAAAGUACGUGGAGCCUGCAGCAGUGCGGGCUCCACCGAAGACCGGGUGCAAAGGGGGCGCUAAUGAGCAUGCUUCAGAGCGUAAAAAUGACAUAUGGGACACUUGAAGUGCACCAUUUGGGACAGGGCCUUGGACUUAAAUUCCUCUUCACUCCCUCACCUGAACUGUGUUUGCCAUUAUCCUCAUCUUGUCAUUAUCCUCGCCAUCAAUCAUCAUGUCUAUAUAUGCUUUGUCUGUUCUUCCCAUUGUUGUCCGUAAUUGUAAUGUUGCUGUAGUGUUGAUCAGUCAUUUGUUUAUUAAAAAUAAUUGUUUAAUGUUAUUCGUCAUUGUCACCUUCGUCCUUCACCUUUAUACCAUAAAAUAUACACUGUAAAAAAGAUUUA